UGAAAGGGUCGACUCGACUGACGACCCAAAAACAACAGGUUGAGUCUCCUGCCGCCAUGAUGCGUGCUCUGCAGAAGUUUCUGCUCUUUCAUGCUCUGACAUGUCUCGGACGGAAUGCACUUGGGAGUGAAAUCAUACAUGGACAAAUUGCUCCACGGAACCAGAUGCUGUAUAUGGCCUCAGUGCAGACCAGAGACAGACAUGUGUGUGGAGGCUCCCUCAUCAGCAAAAACUUUGUCCUCACUGCUGCACACUGUGAUGAUGAUGAUUAUCCACUGGUGAGGGUUGUUUUGGGCACCCACGAUCUCAGAAAGACUGGGACAGUGAGAAACAUUGUGCAGAGAUGCAAACACCCAGAUUUUCGGCAUCGUACAGCAGAAAAUGACAUUAUGCUCCUCAAACUGUCUCAGAGUGUUCCAGUGGGUAGAACAAUACGACGCAUUCCUCUUCCCCCUCCUAACAUGAACCUCCGACCCAACCAACUCUGCCAUGUAGCAGGAUGGGGUUGGACCGAAGAUAGUGAUAAGCACAGUGUCGAUGACCUGAGGGUGGUGAAUGUGUCUGUCGUCAACCGGAACGUCUGUAGACGGCAAUGGCGUAACACCUGGAUUCCUCGUCUUCCUGCCAAUGUCAUCUGUGCAGGUGGAUAUGGAACAUUCAAAGGAUCCUGCAAGGGUGAUUCUGGUGGUCCUCUGGUGUACAACGGGAUGGCUGCUGGUGUCGUAUCUUUCGGCAAUCGACUUUGUAGUGACAACAACAAGCAAGACCUUCCCAAUGUCUACACAGACGUGUCCAAGUUCCUUCCCUGGAUCAACAACAUUCUCAGUCACAAUGGUUGUUAAAUGCAACAACCUCACACAAAGCUUUGCUUCAGCAUACCUUCAUUGUAGUUAGGAGGAGUAGUUAUGUCUA